CGCAAGGCAUGCUGGGAGAAAGGAGCAGGUUGCCAUCUUGGUUUGGUAAAGUUAGUGAACGGAUCGCAAAAACAGUCUCGUUUGUGGGAGUAUCUGAGGACCCACUGGGCACUUUUUAAGGGGUGUACGUUAAGUAAAACCCAGGCAGCCAGAGGGCGCUUUUACUGGGCAGACUCCGCUUCGGAAUCCGGCGUUUGAGAGGCCGGUUCCAGAGUGGUCAUGGGUCGGUCGCGCAGCCGCAGCUCGUCUCGCUCCAAACACUCCAAGAGCAACAAGCACGGCAAGAAGCGCAGCCGCUCGCGCUCCCGGGACAAGGAGAGGCCCAAGAAGCGCUCCAAGUCCCGCGAGGCGAAGCGCAGCCGGCGGCGCGAGUCGCGCUCCCGCUCGCGCUCCACGAACGCGUCGUCCCGCCGGGAGCGCGAGCGCGAGCGCGUGUCCUCCCCGCCCGAGCGCAUCGACAUUUUCGGCCGCACGCUGAGCAAGAGGAGCGCGCUGGACGAGAAGCAGAAGAAGGAGGAGGAGGAGAAGAAGGCGGAGAUGGAGAGGCAGAGGAAGAUCCGCCAGCAGGAGAUCGAGGAGAAGCUGAUCGAGGAAGAGACGGCACGCCGUGUGGAGGAGCUGGUGGCCAAGCGUGUCGAGGAGGAGCUUGAGAAACGACGGGACGAGAUUGAGCGUGAGGUGCUGCGGCGUGUCGAGGAGGCCAAACGAAUCAUGGAGCGACAGCUGCUGGAGGAGCUCGAGCGCCAGCGGCAGGCUGAACUAGCUGCCCAGAAGGCCAGAGAGGAGGAGGAAAAGUCCAAACGGGAGGAGCUGGAGAAAAUCCUGGAGGAGAAUAACCGUAAGAUAGCAGACGCUCAGGCCAAGCUGGCCGAGGAGCAGUUGCGAAUUGUCGAGGAGCAGAGAAAGAUUCACGAGGAGAGGAUGAAGCUGGAGCAGGAGAGACAGCGGCAGCAGAAGGAGGAGCAGAAAAUAAUCCUGGGCAAAGGGAAGUCAAGACCCAAGCUGUCCUUCUCCCUGAAAGCGGCGGAGUGACGCCUGCGGGGUGCCGGGGGGGGAGGGGGGCCACCAGACGCCGAGCGCACAUGCGCACUCUGUCCCGCUGUUCGGUAGCUUCAUGUUGAAGUGUCCCCUCAAAACGCCCAGCUUUGCGUUCCUGCUCAUGUGCGCGCACUGCGCUCGGCGGUCUUCCUGACACGAGAUGGCCAAGGUCGGCGGUCACCAUCGUUUGCUCUUUCCAUUUCUCUGUUCUCUUGGGCCUCUUUUUUGACUCCGCCCACUCCUGCAUCCCAGGCGAGCACAAGUGUCUCUUUCUUUGGCCCAUGGCAGGGGCGGCUGUCGUCGAGAGGUAGUUUUGCGGUGGGGGAAGGGCGAAUGAUCUGUGACGACGCUUUGAGGAAGCAUGGAGAAGCUGGUGGUAGAAGGACGUGUGCCCCCCGCCCCCCCCACUCCAGGCGAACCUGUGGCUUCAACACCAACACUUCACCUCGGCCCAAGUUUUUGGUUUUUGUACAGGAAUUUUGCUCCUAGGAGUUAAAUUGAAAAACUCUUAGCAGCUUUGGUUCUGGUCACCAUUACUUGAUGUACCGAAUCCCACCUGGUAAUCUGUAACCGUAGCGUGCCGCCAAGGAGUUCACAACACUGUUUGAUACCAGUAACCGCGGUACUUUGUUUCGAGAGGCGCAGCCUGUUGGCUUUUCUCAUGUACUGUGGUGUAAAGAGGUUACGCUGCUCUUGCUGAGCCUUGUUUUUGGGCAGUUCAGUUUUUUUGCUCUGUAUACACAGCUCA